GAUCAUGUGAACAAUGUGCCGAUGAUCUAAGUCCCCUAGAGAGCGACCUGAAUGCCGAGUCCAGCUCAGGUGCAGUAGACGCUGCUGAUCCAUAGCAGAUGCGAAUAUCGACGAGCUCUCGAUCUCACACGCCGAUGGAAUUAUUAUUCGUUAACUGAAGUAAAUAAUGCGAUUUUGAAGGCCCUCUUCAAAAUAUCCCGGGGAUACGGAUAGUAUUCCGUUGGGAGCGUUGGAAGAAAGGACAGCGCAGCUAGCGGAGCCCGUCGCUGGUACUAGAAUUCGACUGGUUACCACAGCAUCACGUGUAACCAUGCCAUUGGUUACAGCAUCGCGUGUAACGAUGCCGCACCUUUCCAUGCCACCCGCAGCACUGCCGUUAUUCGAAGCAGCUUCAAACGAAGCACAAGGCGAAAUCGCUCCGGUACGGGAGCGGAGCAGCAUAACGACAACAGCAGCAGCAGCAGCAGAAGAUACAGCAGUUACAGCAGCCGAAUCUCCAGCAGCAGCACCAAGAGUAGCAGCAGAAAUGGCAGGAGCAGCAGAAAUAGGGGGCCUCCAUCCCCUACCAAACGAGUUCCCGCCUUUUCCUGUCCCCAAGAUCCUUCCCCAGAGCAGAUCAUUCUGCUUCUACAGAAUCAGCUUAUAGCGGAGCGGACCUCCUUCGAAAAACGCCUGGCGAAAGUCGCGCAGGAAGCGGAGGAAACCCUAAACGCGCAGCAGCGAUUCUGGGCGGCGCAAGUGGCACGCUUAGAGGCGCAAGUGGCGGAAACCGGGCGGCAGAUGGCGCAGAUGCGGGCGGAAAGGAGGGCGGCGGAGAGGGAGGCGGAGAGAGAGGCGGAGCGGAGGGGAGGGAGCAGGUCGCCCAUCAAGGUGGAGCAGGCUAUCCCGGAUAUCCCUCAGAGUAAAGCUGAGAGGCUGCGGGCACAUUUAGCAGCACUGGCUGAGGAGAGGGAGGCUGCAGUGAGGGAGUGUGGGGCAGCGGAGGCAGCCGUGGCAGGGCUGUCCUGCCAGCUGGCGUUGCUCGUGACUCAAGCAGAUGCUGAGGCAGAACAAGGCGAUCGAUCAGCUGCUGGCAAUGCAUCUGAUAACGAGAGGGCCCUUCCAGGAGUGCCUGCAGAAAAACCACCUGAAAAAACGCCUGAAGGAUCGUCUGACGAAGGGGCAUCACUGUGGGCGGGCCGUGUGAGCGUGCACAGGCUGACAGCUUGGCACCAUGGGAGGGAUGCAUGUGCGCUGAGAGACAUGGCCCUCAGAGGCUCAACCGCUGUCUCUCAGUCACAAAAUGUUGGCAGGCCUGCCAAGCGCCGUGUGACAGACGAGUAUGACGCGACGGAGGCGUGUGAGCCGAGGGAAAUGGCUCUUAGAGGCUCAACCGCUGUCUCUCAGUCACAGAAUCUUGUGAGAACCACAAGUCAACUCGCUGGUUGCCGUGUGAGAGACGAGUACGACGCGACGGAUGCGUGUGAGCUGAGGGAAACGGCCCUCGGAGGCUCAACCGCUGUCUCUCAGUCACAGGCACAGUCACAGAGCCAGCCGAGUGAGUGCAGCAGGCACCAUGGCAGGGAUGCAUGUGCGCUCAAGGAAGUGGCUCUUAGAGGCUCAACCGCUGCCUGUCAGUCACAGUCACAGGCACAGAGACAGCUGAGGGAUGUCAGCAGCAGAUGGAACUUAGGAGAGAAAGCGUGGCUGGCACGGGGAGGCAUAGCCAAUCUAGCAGAGCGUGGUACUGUUUCAGGUGAUACAGCUGGUACUGUUUCAGGUGAUACUGCUGGCACUGUUUCAGGUGAUACAGCUGGCACUGUUUCAGGUGAUACAGCUGGCACUGUUUCAGGUGAUACAGCUGGCACUGUUUCAAGUGAUACUGCUGGCACUGUUUCAGGUGAUACUGCUGGCAUUGUUUCAGGUGAUACUGCUGGUACUGUUUCAGGUGAUACUGCUGGUACUGUUUCAGGUGAUACUGCUGGUACUGUUUCAGGUGAUACAGCUGGUACUGUUUCAGGUGAUACUGCUGGCACUGCUUCGAGCGACGCAGCUUCUAGGAAACCUGCGCCAGGUUCUCCUUCCAUAGAUCCUCCCUUUCAAACCAGAGAGCUUCUGUGCUCUGCUUCUAGUGGCGCAGAUUUACUAGCAGUCAGCCCUCCUCCUACUGUUCUGCCCACCGAUUCACCACAGCCGCUGACAGUCAACCCCCCACCUAAGGUCAACCUUGGAGGCGCAAACGCACUGACAGUCAACCCUUAUCCUAGAGUCUUGCCAACCAACGCACCUCAGUCGCUGACUGUCUCCCUGUCUCCCGGCAUCUCCUCCGCAGGGGGCGGAGGGAGGAGUGGAGCAGACGAGUCUGGACGGCUGGAUGCUGCUGCACGUGCUUCUGCUUCUGCAUCUGUGCCUGCACCUUCGUCGAGAACUUCAACAGGAGCAGUAGCAACAGGAGCAGUAGCAACAGGAGCAGUAGCAACAGGAGCAGUAGCAACAGGAGCAGCUCCUGAAUUCCCCAUGAGACUGGGUCAAGGCGUGACUUCUGAGUCGACUCAAAAGUCAACAGCAACAGCUCCCGAGGUUCCUGAGAGGCUAAGUCCAGGCGUGGCUGAUGAGAGGAGAGCAGCAGUGCAAGAGUCGGCUUUUGACGCGCCGCAAAAAGGGCCUGAGAGGCUAAGUCCAGGCGUGGCUGAGGAGAGGAGAGCAGCAGUGCAGGAGGCACGAGCUAUCCUACACGCAUUGAGGGCAAAAUGGUCCAAUCCCAGCCUUGCUGCCCGCCCUGCUCCUUCUGCUGUUGCUUCUCCUUCUCCUUCUCCCACCACCACUGCUGCUGCUGCUGCUGCUUCUUCUGCUUCGUCUCCCGCGUUUCCUCCUCUUACUACUGCUGCUCCACCUGCGCAUGCUCCUGCAUCUGCUUCAGCUGCUGCUGUUGCCAUGCUACACACAUCGUCACCGGCUGCCUCUAAGCCUCCCUCCCUCCGAAGUGGCUCUUUCACGAAGUCCGCUCUUAACGAAGGGCAAAUAGCACCAGGGGGACAGCAGGUGCCAGCACUAAUAGUGGAGAAGCCUUUGGUGAAGCAUGAGGGGCAGCGGGGAGGACAGACUCAGCUUCUGGUGAAGCAUGAGGGGCAGCGGGGAGUGCAGGCGAGUGCGCCACUUGGAAUGGGGGGAAUCAUGAGAGCUGCACAGCUGGAGGUCUCUGAUUGGCUGUCUGAGCUGGCAGAGGGCUCCCUGUCGGAUGGAGAGGAGUGUCUGCUUUAAGUUGUGAAAGUUUGAGGCAUGCGAUGGUACGAGGCAAUCCGACAUGUUGAAUCUGGUACUGGUAGUAUCAUUGUUGCUUCGCCAUGUGCACCUUGCGAGGCUAAUGACACAGUUGUGAGUCGGCAAGAAAACACGGAUCAUAAC